AUGAUUCUCAGUGAUAUAUAACUCAGUAAAGUAUAUAUUUCCUUAAAGUCAACAAGAUAUCUUACAAGAUAAUAGGAGAUACUAAAUUUAGAAAUUAAGAUUAUAUUUAUUAUAAAACUUGUAAAGAAGAUGGAAUGGCAUCAGGUUUACUUAUAUCAAGAUUUGUUUGAAAUGAAAUUGAAGGAAUCAUUCUAAAAUAUCAUAUUAAAUGAUAAUAAUAUAGAAGCUGGAAAAAUUCAUCAAGAUAUUGAUUUAUAUAACAAUAUCAAUAAAUUAUUUUAUGUUGAUUAGAUAAAAAGUGGAUUAUCAAAUAUCUGA